UGAGUGCCACCAACAGCGAUGUCCUAGUCAGUUUAGAGGCUUUCUACAAAAUGGAUCUACCAACUUUGUUUGGGGAAGUGGUUAAUAAGAAGGUCAUAGGGAAAGCUGCAGAAGUGCAAAUGUUUUCUGCCCUUAGUAACUUAUCAUCGAGCAGGUUUAAGGAAAGUUUUGGUGAAUGUAAAAUAAUGCUAGAUUUUAUAUGGGAGCAGCUCAAUCAAGGUCACUGGAAAGAUGUAGAUAUAAGCUGGCGGUAUGCAUACACAAUUGUGUCAGUUGUAAAGGCUUUAAGCGAAUAUGCACUUCUAAGAAGAGGGGAUAAUAGUUUUACUUUUGACCAAAUUAUGAAGUCAUGUGACAUGGGCUUACUUAUGGGGGCUCCAGUUAAGGACAACAUACUAGCAAGGCUAUGCUCGAAUCUCAGGGAGGAUUACCAGAAAAUUACUAAAUCCAACUUUGACGAAAACCAACAACAUGGUAAUUCUACUAUUAAAGAAAGUAAGCCUACACCAGAUUCCAAAAUUGACAUUGAUGUAGCAGUCAAACGACCAAAACUGAUGCAGGAAGAACUUGUUGAAUCAAUUACAGCGGAAACGAGUAUUAACAAAAUAUCCUGUCCGUCGAUUGAAACAUUUAGGAGGCUAUAUUAUGCAGCUGAAACUCCAGUCAUCAUCACAGAUGCAAUGGAAGGUUGGCCAGCUCUAGGCAAUAGAAAGUGGACCCUAGAUUAUAUCAAACAGAUGGCAGGGUAUAGAACAGUUCCGAUAGAAUUAGGGUCUAAAUACACAGACGAAUCAUGGUCACAAAAGCUUAUGACAGUCCGAGAAUUUAUAGACACUUACAUAGAAAGAAAAACUGGCGAAACUGAUACAGGAUAUUUAGCGCAGCACCAGCUGUUUAACCAGAUUCCCGAGUUACAGGAUGAUAUAUUGAUACCAGAUUAUUGUUACCUUGGUGACAGUGAAGAUGUUGAUAUAAAUGCGUGGUUUGGGCCUAAAGGGACAGUGUCACCAGUACAUUAUGAUCCAAAGCAGAACUUUUUAGCCCAGGUUAUUGGUGAAAAAUACAUCAGGAUUUAUCCGUAUUCAGAAACGGAUAAAUUAUAUCCACAUGAUACAACCCUACUGAAAAAUACAAGUCAAGUCGAUAUAGAACACCCUGACCUGGAGCGAUUUCCGAGAUUUAAAGAUGCAAAUUAUGUCGAAUGUGUCCUUAAAAGUGGACAGAUGUUGUACAUUCCACCAAAGUUCUGGCAUUUUGUAAAAUCUCUUUCUGUCAGUUUUUCUGUAAGUUUUUGGUGGGAGUGAAGCAGUUCGAGUGGCAGUUGGUUUUACUGCAAUCAAAAAAUGUGUUAGAAUCUUUAAGUUUUCAUGGAUAUGAUUGCAAGUUUACACAUCUGACAUAGCUGAUGCAGAGUCAGACAUUGUAAACAUUCAAAACAAUUUAAAUAUUUACUGAGUGAUCUGAUAAACCAUUCUAAAGGAUGAUAAAAAUAACAGGGCUCUGUU